UGGUAGUAUUUCCCUACAGAAGCUGUUCUGUGAUUUGCGGGAAAUAGGGUGUCCUAGCAACUAAACCAGCCAGCAGCUACCGACGAUUCCAAUGACCCCGUAUAAAGAAACGGCCGCCGAGGAACGAAAGAGUCAAGCCGCUGCUUGGAGCUUGGGAAAGGAAGAGAAGCGGACUUUCGAAUUGCUAUCGCCGCUGUUCAGCGCCUUGUUCCAAGGCUUCAAUUUUGACAGAAGCUCGGGAACUUCUGUCCCUAGUUCCCCUUGGUUGUACUCCCCAACUGUCCCCUUGGAGCUGCCCCCAUGAUUUUAGAAUAGUACCCUGGUAAAAAGUGAGGAGGUGAGGUCCGUUUACAAUCCACGCCUGACCUGCCGAAGGAUGCUUGAAUCUAUUCGAGUCACUGAAAAGCUUCACUGGCCAGAGCAAGAACUGUCCAAGAAGUCCAUUUUGAAGCCUGAAGAACAGAAAUUUCUUUGCAUGAAUGAAACCAGAAGUGUUAAAUCCUGCAUUCUUAAGGACAACUUCACCACAGGCACAAGCAGCUACAAUGUUUUGCUGCAGAGCAAAGAGGAAAAAAAACAACAGAAAUAUUCAUCAGUCCAUCACAAAAGACUCCGGAAGCCCACCAAACCCACUCAUGGCUCACACGGUAAUGAACGACACAAGGUUAAGACACCGCUGUUCAUUCCCCCAAAUGGGUGGUGCUGUUUCAAAAGACAUUCCUCCUAUUUUAUCCCCAACUCAUUCCGCAAUGGGAUUAAAUUAGCACAAAGUAUUUCAGUAACAGGGAACAGCAUAGGAUUGUCAACUCCACCCAAGAAUAAAUCCAAAAAACAUUUUACCUUUAGCCUAGGAAAGGCCAAACAGUUGCAAACAUCUAAAAGCUGCUUAAAAGAUGGAGAUGCCGCUGGUCGAAAGCUUUGCAUCCUCACUGCAAUCAAGCCUUCCAAUGUGGAAAGGGAGAAGAUAAAGUUCUUCAAAUCAGAUUUUACCUCUAACCCACAGUUUGAAUAUGCAAGUUCUGUCCUUCCCAGUGUACUUGAAAAGUACAGCCAAGCAUCCAGCUUAUUUCUUAAACAGGCUAUCAGAAUUAUGGAACUCACUUUGCAAAAAUAUGGAAGUUAUGAAAAUUUUGAACAAUCCACCGGAGGAAGCCUGCUGCCUAGGAGUCGCAUUUGGAAUCAUGUCCGAAAGUAUAUGGCGAAAGAAGGCUGCCUAGGCGAGAUUGUGGUUCACCUUUCUGAAGAUUUGCUUUCUCGGGCCUCAAUGACUGUGGUGAAUGGCCGUCCAACUCUUACCAUCAAUAUUUCCACUGCAAGGGAACAUUGGUUAGAAGGGAUGCUCAGACAUGAAAUAGGAACUCAUUAUCUUAGGGGCAUUAACAACAAUAACCAAUUGUGGAACAAUUGGAGCGGGCGCCGGAAGCAUGGGUUAAAACCCAUCAACCCUACUGAAGAAGGCCUGGCCAGCAUUCACAGUGUUCUGUUUCGAAAAGAUCCUUUCCUGUGGCGGGCUGCCCUCCUGUAUUACACUGUCUACCAAGCCAGCCAAAUGUCCUUCAGAGACCUUUUUCAGGACAUUGGGAAGUUUGUCACUGAUCCCAAUACUAGAUGGGAUUAUUGUGUUCGAGCCAAGAGAGGUUGGACUGAUACUUCACAACCAGGUUGCUUUAGUAAAGAUCAGGUCUACUUGGAUGGCAUCCUACGACUUCUGAGAUACCGACAUUCUAUUGAUUUCUACUUAUUGACAGCUCUAGGAAAGGUUUCAUAUGAGGAUGUGGAUCGUCUGAAGGAUUUAGGAAUGACUGAAAACAUGAGGGUGCCACAUUUUUUGCAAGACUAUUCUCGGUACAUGGAACAUCUAGAAAAGAUCAUGGGAGUCAAUGAGAUAUCUGACACUGAACUCCAAGCUCUUGUACCCUAAACCAACCUAUCUCUUGUUUCACGAGUCGUUAUGUUUUAGAUCUGAUAUAACUCAUAGAGUAGAUUAACUGAACUUAUUUUUGAUCCCUGGCAAAACCUAUAUUUUUUGGACCUGCUUCUGUUUUUUAAGAAUGAAAAACUCUAGCUACAAAUCUGAAACUCAUUGUCUUUCAAAGAAAGAAAGAAAAAUCCAGUUUGGCCAUUUUAAGCAUGAAGCUAUAUGUAAACCAAACAGAUUAAAUUAUAGUUGUAACACAGACAUAUACUUUAAGAAAUUAUUGUGUAAAUUUGUCAAUAGCACAUUUUCAGAUUCUACUGGCUUUUGAAUUGUCUCUCCACAGUAUACUAUUUAAUAUUUUGGGACUUAAGCUUCUUUUGAUUUAUUUAGCCAAUUGUCUUUUGCUAUAUCAAAAAGGAUCAAUACCCUACUAUGGGGUUUGCUAUCACCACAGUCAUUACCUGGGCUUUAACCAUUAGAAUAGCAAGGAUACCAGUGAAUGCUUGAAAGGUAUUGGAAACAUAACUACAUCUCAUGACUAUGGAUGGAUGUUGUAGUCUUGUAGAUUUUGCACUUACAAUGUAUAAUCCACUUGAUGUCAUUUGUCUCAUUGUAAUUCAGUAAUGGGAAUUACAUGAAAGGGCAGAGAAGGAAAAUGAUCUCCCACCAUGUUUCCUAAGUGCAUUCCACUGACUUGUCUUUGUAUUUUCAUAUUUCAGGAAAUUUAAAGAAAUGACAUUAUUUUCCUCUUAAUUUUAUUUUUGAUCAUGUAUAAAUAAAUUUACAAGAGGAAAUGGGAAAGAAAUCAAACUUGGAAUUCUAUUUUUUAUCCUCUAUUUUAGACUCGCACUGAAAUAUAUUGAUAUGUAAAUAAUUCUUUCUGUUUGUUACUGAUAUAGUUAUAAAGAGGCUCCAUAGUGUAAUGCUUGUGAGAUGUUUUGUUAGAUUAAUAUAGAGUGUAAAUGGAUUUGUAUACUUAAACAAAAAUCUCCAAUUCGUUUAUGCAUGACUGCAAAAGCACUGAAGCCUAUCUGAAAAGUUUAGACUAGCCCACCAGGUUUUGUUUUUUUUCUUUUUAAGAUAUUGAUGCUUUGAUUUUAGCACAAUGAUGGGAGGUAGAACUCUACACCCAUUUUAGAGUAGGUUUUCCAAAUAUUUCCAUACAUCUUGGCAUUAUUUAAUUCAGUGACAGCCUAUUGAUGCAAAAUUAUAGAUUGAAUGAAAACAUAUAACAAGAAGACUGGAAAAAUUAAUAAUUCAUCAUAUUAGAAUUGUGAUGGUACAAAUAUGUAUUGAAUUUGAUGCAAAUCAUUGUGUCUUGUUAUUACAGUUUGGUUUAUGUUGGAUUCAUAAAUUGGAUCCAUAAACAUCGAUUUCUGAACUAUGUGAAUUCAAUGAAUAGAGAUCUCUGGUAGUGUUGUUUAGGCAAAAAUUCAAUUAAAUUGAUGAUCCAUCGUAAUAUUUUAUUAACCCAGUUAAGCAACAGCUUAUCUCCAAAUAAAGUCUACGUGUUCAUUGUA